AUGGCACUGCGGCGGACGCUACUAGCGCUCCCGUACGACAUGGUCGUUGAAAUCGCCAGGCUUGUCUCCGACGACCUCGCCGCACCCGAUGGAGGACCUCUACAGCCUCCUUGCCCGACCAUGCGCGCGGCGUGCAUGGAGCACACCGUCAGGAGCCGCGUAGCGCUGGAGCAAGAGGAAUCCAUGAGGUGGUUCGACCACAACCGCUACCUCGCCCUUGUCGACGAACUGGCCGUCGACGGCAACCCGGAGGCCUGCUUCAUGCUCGGGCUCUGGCUCGUCUUCACAUAG